GAUCAUCUGUUAGGACUCAGGUGAUGCUGUGGUUCAGGUGGGGACGUCUUCUCGGAACUUUGGACCCAACCGCACCGCGUCGCCCUCUUUCAUCGCCUCUCUCGUCAUUUCCAAUCACAGCGCAUCCUCAACGAAUAGGAGCGCUUCAUAGCACGUCAACUCCCUUACACUCGAACAAUUGCAAGAGUUUAGGGUUUGACUACGAAUCCGCUCUCAUUGGGUACAACUUUUUCGGUGCCUUGCAAGGUUCUGUCUGGAUC